GAGCCCGGGAGGCGGGUCCCAAUCCCCUACUGGAGGGCGCUAAUGGGAGGAGGCGGCGAGUAGAAGAUUGGGAGGGGCGGCAAGAGGAGCGAAACCCAGCGAAGGCGCGCGCGGGAACCUCCCGGCCGGCAGCUCACGGGAUCCAGAUAAUCCAUCCCAUGGUGCUCCUUGUGAAACCCCGUGACAGUUGAAAACAGAGGGCUUUUUGAAGGCAAGGGCAAGGAUCCACUCGCCAGGACCUGUGGUCAGCCCCAGGAGGCCAGAGUGGGAUUUGAGGAUCCACUUCACCUGGGGCCAUGGCAGGCAAGGACCUGCCCCUUCACUUGGCUACGCUCUUGACUGGGCUGCUGGAAUGCCUUGGCUUUGCUGGAGUUCUCUUCGGCUGGACUUCACUGGUGUUUGUGUUCAAAACAGAGGGUUAUUUUGCAGAGCUGUGUGCACAGGAUGGCCUCCAUAAUGCCAGCCACAAUGCCACAGGGCAGCUGGGCUGCAAAGCCCAGGAUGAGAGAUUCUCACUCAUCUUCACCCUGGCAUCCUUCAUGAACAACUUCAUGACCUUUCCCAUUGGCUAUGUUUUUGACCGCUUCAAGACCACCGUGGCCCGCCUCCUAGCCAUAUGUUUCUACACCUGUGCCACACUCACCAUAGCCUUCGCCUCUGCAGACUCUGCCAUGCUGCUCUUCCUGGCCAUGCCCAUGCUCACAGUUGGGGGAAUCUUGUUUCUCAUCACCAACCUACAGAUUGGGAAUCUCUUUGGCAAACAUCGUUCGACCAUCAUCACCCUCUACAAUGGAGCAUUUGACUCUUCCUCGGCUGUCUUCCUUAUCAUUAAGCUUCUUUAUGAACAGGGCAUCAGCCUCAGGGCUUCCUUCCUCUUCCUGUCUGUCUGUAAUAUUUGGCAUAUUGGGCGUACUUUACUACUGAUGCCCCAGGGGCAUAUCCCCUACCCACUGCCUCCCAACUACAGCUAUGGCCUUGCCAUUGUUUUCCCCAACUGGAAAAAUGAGACUCAGAGCUUGUGCUCUAGGUUUGGCAACAGGAAGGAAAAGAAGAAAACAGCUGAGCCUGAAAUCAAGGAGCUGCAGUCAAAGGAAUUCCUUACAUCAAAGGAAGAGAGCCAGGGACCAGGGCAGCAGGAGCAGGAACAGCGGUCUUUCCGGAGCUGUGUACUCUCUCGGUGCUUUGCCUUGCACUUGGUGUGGUUGUCUGUGAUGCAGCUGUGGCAUUACCUCUUCAUUGGCACUCUUAACUCUCUACUGACCAACUUGGCUGGUGGGGACAGUAUGCAAGUCAGUACCUACACAAAUGCCUUUGCCAUCACCCAGUUCUUUGGGGUGCUAUGCGCCCCUUGGAAUGGCCUGCUCAUGGACCGCCUUAAACAGAAGUACCAGAAAGAAGCUCAAAAGACAGGCUCCUCUUCCUCGGCUGCAGCUGUCUGCUCGGUGGUGCCUUCACUGGCCCUGACGUCUCUGCUGUGCCUGGGCUUCACCCUGUGUGCCUCGGUCCGUAUCCUCCAGCUCCAGUAUGUUACUUUCAUCCUGCAAGUUGUCAGCCGCUCCUUCCUCUACGGGUGCAACGCUGCCUUCCUCACACUGGCUUUUCCUUCCGCGCACUUCGGAAAGCUCUUUGGGCUGGUGAUGGCUUUGUCAGCCAUUGUGUCUCUGCUGCAGUUCCCCAUGUUCAUCCUCAUCAAGGGCCCGCUCCACAAUGACCCUUUGCAGGUGAACAUGUGGCUGUUGCUUGCCAUUCUCUUGACAUUCGCCCAUCCUUUCCUGGUGUACCGGGAGUGCCACGCAAAGAAAGCAACCCCGUCAGCAACCACCUAGCUCAGAAACCUCGCUCUCCAACCCUGGGGGUGCUUGGUCGGAUCUUUCCUCUCCUUUGAGGACUCGGUGUCCACAAAAACUUUGCCUACCCAGGCAACUUGUAUUAAGCAGCCAUUAUUUUUCCUUAAAAAAACAAAAAAGAUAUUUAAGUGCCAUCUAGGACUUCUGAUCUGUAAGAAGAGAUGCCAAGAGGCCUGAGUUCAUCGUGAUCCAAAGCAAAGGCUCCUACAUAUCUGUGGGUAGGAAGUUACUCCUGUACAGAGCUCACUGUGAGGGAGUGAUGUGGAAGGGGAGAUAUGUCACCAAAGCCCAUGUGUGCCAGGAUCUCUGUCACCAGGUGAAUUUCCAGGUUAAAUGUGAGGUCAUUACGGCUCCAGUCAUUCCACCUGACUGUUAGAGGCAGGAGAAACAGCAGCCCCUGCUCCCUCACACACAUAUCUUGGUUAGAGAACUCCAUGAGCUUUGGAGGAAAAAGGAGCAGACAGAGGUCCCUGGGCCUCAGCCCCUCUCUCCCAAUAAUGCUGGAUGACCUUGGUCUGACCCCUGUCAGGUCUGAGCAUCACUUUUCCCAUGUGUAACAUGGCAGAACUCGGAGUCAAAGGUGGUUUUUGGAAGUAAUGCUCUGGAAAGUUUUAAAAACAGUGCUAGACAGUCAGGUUACCCCCAAAGGAUUUGGGAACCAGGGGACCAGAUGGCCAGAAGGAUUUUAAAAGAACCCUCCCUGGGACAUUUCUUCCUCAGGAAGAGGUGUAUUUAUUGACUUCAGGUAUUUUAUUUAAAAAUCCUUUAGGAAACAAUUUUGUACAAUAAUAAAGCCUCUAUAGUUAAAGCAA